AUUCAGAAAUUCCCAGCAGAGGUGGUGGUAGGCAUUGCUGCUCCAAGAACAGCCUUCCCCAUGGGUUGGAAUGUGCCAGGAGUCAGUCAUCAAACCAAAAAGGUUGUCUUUAUGAAGGCACAUUAAAGCAAAUACUGCAGUGUCUGGGUUGCAGCAUGUUUUCAAAGUUUAUGGUAACAUGUUUUAAAGGUUUGACAUAUAACUGAAGGUGUCAGCGCAUUUUGCAAGCAGGAAUUGAUUAAAUUCAGUAGUACAUAAGGGAUCUUAUUUCUGUGUGUUAGGUUGUGAAAGGAGAUGAAAAGGUGAAAUGAAGUCUAAAGAUCAUGUUAAAUCUGGAGAAGUAUAUAGGAACAGUGUCUAAACUUCUUUAUUACCAGCUUGAUGCUUUUCCUGUGAAUUUUCACCAGAUAAUGUUCAGCCCUGAGCACUUUGCUAUAUCACUGACUUGAGGAUGCUUUCAGGCAAUAAAAAUCUUUUGACUGUUUCUUGCAAGAGAUGGAAUUCUGUCCCAAGAAGGGAAAGCAUUCUAAAGAUCUCUGUGAUGACAACAAAACUCCACUUCACACAAAGCAAGUACUACCAGAGAAAAUACCCACCAACCUUUGCACAUAUUUCUGGUGACUGAACUUACACCCUUAUGGGCUGGAACAUUUUUCAUGUUGUAAAUACCCACAGAACAGCACAAGUGCGUAAUUUAUAUUGUUGCGUUGAGCCUCCCUCUAGUGGCUUGGUUUAGCAGUGCCUCCCCAGUGCGAGCAGAGAGCUUAAAAAAGAAAAACGGGUCCAAACUACAAAUACCAGCAGCUCUCAGCACAGUCGCGAGAGGACCCAGGACACACCUCCCCGAUUUAUUCUAGCAAGUAUUUCUAAAUACUUUUAUUUUUCAUGUAAUUACAGCCCACGGGGAAGAGCAUUUUGAAACAUUAUCUCUGCAUUUGCCUUUUGUUUUUUUCCUUUGGCUGCUGGUUUGUUUUAUUUGGUGGGCAGCCCUUCCUACCUCACAGCUGAGUGACAGUGAAAGAAGGACCCAAACCUUAUCCUGUUUCGCAGUGGAUUUAGCAGAAAGCAGCUGCAGCAGUCUGAAAACGACCAUGGAAAAGAUCCUGAAGACAGAAUUGAAAACAUCCGUCCUGAAGGCAUUUGGAAGCUCGGGAGGAGGAUACAUUAGCCAAGGCCAAGCCUAUGAAACUGACAGUGGACGAGUAUUUGUUAAAGUCAACCAUAAAUCUCAGGCUAGAAAGAUGUUUGAAGGAGAAAUGGCAAGUUUGGAAGCUAUUCAGAAGACCAAUAUUGUGAGAGUGCCUCAGCCUAUCAAAGUGAUUGACCUGCCUGGAGGAGGAGCAAUGUUUGUCAUGGAAUACCUCAAGAUGAAGAGCCUCAAAAGGUACUGUUCAAAGCUUGGAGAGCAGAUGGCAGAUCUCCAUCUUUAUAACCAGAAACUUGGAGAGAAAUUGAGAAAGGAGGGAAACACAAUUGGUAAAGGAGCAGGUCACUCUGAGUCUCAGUACGUGGAUAAAUUUGGAUUCCAUACACCCACUUGCUGUGGUUAUAUAGCCCAGGUGAAUGAAUGGGAGAGUGAUUGGCCUUCCUUUUUUAUUCGCCAUCGACUCCAAGCUCAGAUGGAUUUGAUUGAAAAAGAUUACGGGGACAGAGAAGCCAGAGAACUUUGGUCACAGCUAAAACUAAAGAUUCCUGAAAUGUUCUGUGACAUAGAAAUCGUUCCUGCUCUGCUGCACGGGGACCUGUGGGCAGGAAAUGUGGCUGAGGACGACUCUGGGCCAAUUAUCUUUGACCCUGCUUCCUUCUAUGGACAUUCAGAAUUUGAACUGGCCAUUGCUGGAAUGUUUGGUGGGUUUAGUAGCUGUUUUUUCUCUGCCUAUCACAGUAAAAUACCCAAAGCUCCAGGAUUUGAGAAACGAAACAAAUUGUAUCAGCUCUUUAAUUACAUAAACCACUGGAACCAUUUUGGGACGGGGUACAGGGGAUCUACCCUAAAUGUAAUGAAAAAACUCCUAAAGUGACCAGGUAAGUUGAGAAAUCCUGAUAGAGUUCCUUAAUAAGGAACAGCCCCUGCUUAUCAGAAGUAACCCAAACUAGGAAUUAAUGCUGAUGGUCAAAUACCUGAAAGAUAAAAGGCUUAAGUACACUUUUGAACCUCACUAAAUGUUGAGUGACUGUGUAAUUUCUAACUUACUAGUUUACUAGCACAGAAUCAUACCCUGCUGAAGGAAAGACUGCCUUGUUUGUGAAGACUCCACUAGGUUGGAAAAGUAGCAUGACAGUCAGCUUCACCUUACUGUCCGUAGAGAGUCUCUCUUCCUAGCUGCUGUGUUCCAUGGUUGGUUGCACAUUUUGGUUCUGCUGCUCCUCUGUCAGCAGUUCAUUAUGGAAAGCUACUGCUGUGGGACUGUGGAGCUGGAAGUACUGACUAGUUCCUUGUGUCUCC